AUCUGGUAGACUGGAGACAUCAUAUUUGUCAAUUAUCUGAGAAUUAACUAUACAUGAAAAAUGAGAUGUGUCGUGCAUCGCACAACUUUCUCAUUAAUCAGCUUAUUUAAAUUAGUGCGAUCGCCUCGGCUUCAAUGAAAUAGUAAAGUGCCAUAACUGUCCAAGCCCAUGGGCACCAUUGUCAUCAUUUACCGCGGUGUGUCAAGUGUGGUUAGCAACAACACAGUCGAUCUUCACAUAAAGAAUACGUUUGAAGAGGACGAAAGUUUAUUUGCAAGAGUGUCUGUCACCAGCAAACGGAUUAAUUAAAAUUAUAUUUUUUUCAUAAGAUCACAUGACCCGUGAGAUCUAUUUAAAUAUUAGUCUUUAUAGGACAUGUGGUGAAACAUAAUAAGUAGUUAUCUUUAAGAAUACAAUUAAUGUCUUUGGUUGUUUCCCGUUUCCAAAAUAAAUAAAUAAGCAUGAAAAAUAAAAAAGUGAGAGUGAAUAGAAAUAUGAAGUUAAGGAGGAAAAGCAGUAGCAGAGCUUUAAGAAAUUUUGCCAUUGCUCCAUAAUAUCAUCACAAAGGGGCAGCAAAUAUACAAUUACUCAUGGCAGUCAAAGCUGAAGAUACGGAUAUCAGCACCAAAAUCUUGAAUUGUAAAUUAACUGAUGAAGAAAAAGCAACAUUAGCUGAGCGAGGGUAUAAAAUGCAAACUGUCAUGAAUGAAGGUUCUUGUUCAUUAGUGUACUUGGCAAAUUAUGAAGGAACAAUGACCGAUGAAAAUGCUGUUCAAAAGAACGUAUCAUUGAAGCUGGCAUGCAAAGUAAUGGAAACAGAGCAAGCGCCCAAAGAUUUCGUUCAAAAAUUUUUAUUGAGAGAACUGGACAUAAUUGCUCAAAUCAGUCAUCCUCAUAUAAUUCAUACACAUAGCAUAUUGCACCUCAACACGAAAAUUCUCGUUUUCAUGAGAAAUGCAGAAUAUGGAAAUCUUUGUGAUUAUAUAACGAAUUAUGGAGGAUUAAGAGAAAAGCAAGCCAGGCUUUGGUUCAGACAGCUAGCAGUGGGUGUGGAUUACCUACACAGCAUUAACAUUGCUCACAGGGAUAUUAAAUGUGAGAACAUCCUCAUAACAUCCAGCCUUAAUGUAAAAAUAUGUGAUUUUGGUUUUGCCAGAUUUUGCGCGGAUAGCAAAGGAAAAGCUGUCUUUAGUACAACAUUUUGUGGAUCAGUAGCUUACGCUGCCCCUGAACUAAUUAAAGGGACACCAUAUGUUCCAACGUAUUCAGAUGUAUGGUCAUUAGGAGUUGUUCUCUAUAUUAUGCUGAAUGGUAUCAUGCCCUUUAGAACUGAUAAUAUUGGGAACUUGUGGAAUUCACAAAUGAACAAAGAGUAUAGAUUUAGAACAUCUGUGAUUCCCAGAACAUCCAAGGAAGUGAUUGACUUGGUAUCAACCAUGUUAGAACCAAACUGGUUUGAAAGAACUACACUCUCUGAGGUACUCCAUUCAGAAUGGUUUGCUCUAGAACCAAGUUUGCUUGAAUUCACAGCAACAGAACAAUUAGCAAUGGAAAGAGCUAAACAAUUUCAUGCCGAAAAUCGUGAGAAGAUCAUAAAGAAAAUUAUGCGGACUAAUAGAGCAAAAAAAAUUAUAGAAGUGAUAUCAAAAGAAACAGAUGAACAACGAAGUGAUGACAUAGAUGAUGUGAUGCUAAAACAAAAUUUUGUAAAGGGUGUAACCAAAGUAGUUAACCCUUCUGCAUCAAACCAUGUUGCUCUUAAGGUUACAGGAGAAAGGAGAGCGUCACAGGAAGGGCGAAGAUCAUCACUUGAAGGACGAAGACCUUCUAUUGAAGGAAGAAGAGCAUCAAUAGAUGCGUCAAUAGAUACCAAUAUAGUAGAAAGAUUAGAAACUAAAGACACCAGUACUACAGAAAAACUAGAUUUAUCAAAAGAAACGGGAAAGCAAUAAAAUUCUACAUGUAUACAUUGUUGUAUUCCCAUUGCUAAUAUAAGUAAAAUUACAAUAAUUUAGAAGUUUUAAACAUCACAUAUCAAUAUAAGUAUAAAUUAAAAAAAAUAACCUAAAUUUUGGAGUACACAAAACUUUUUUAAAAAUUUAUUUAUUGAGUAAUACAUAAUUCUGUUACAUGGACAAUAAUUAUAGUGAGGUAAGACUCCAUUCCCACUAUAUGUAUUUAAAAUAAACAGAAGCAAUAUAACAACUGAAUAAUAAUCAAAAAGUAUAUAAAAUAAAUAAAAAUUAAAUAACUUCAAUAUAUGUAAAUUAAAAAAAC